AAAGAAUAUCAGGCUCUCUCCUCCAUUUUUCUGAGAGACUUUCUCUCUCUCUCCCUCUCUCUAUAUAUUCCUCACGGCAUACCCUUGAAAAUCUUCCCUUUCUCUCUCUACAACAUUUCUCUCUUUCCUCUUUUUCUAUCUAAACAAAGUGUGUUUUUUUUCUUGCAUUUAUACGAUACAAAUUUUUAUAAAUAUUUGUCUUAACUGAAUUUGCAUUGUGGGUGUAAAAAAAAAAUUGAGAUUUUUAUAAGGAAGGACACAAUUGAGAGAAGAAGGAAAUAUUAUUUGUGGGGGGCAAGGCAAAUAGAAGAGAAGAAAGAGGAUGAAAUUAACCUCCUCUAUUCUUAUUCUUAUUGUGCCUCCUCUCAGAUCUUAGUUUUUUGCAAGAUUUGGCACUUGGCUUUCCUUUGAUUGGUGAAGUUAAAUUCCGGGGUGGUCGGUUGAUUGAUCCUGGGAGGAUCUGUUUGUUUCUAAAUUUUGAAUCAGAGAGAAAAUUUCCAUUUUGUAUCGGAUUACAGUUUUGUUGUUAAAAUAAAAGAAAAAGAUGUCUGAGAAUGGUAAGCUAUUUAUUGGUGGGAUAUCUUGGGACACCAAUGAGGAGCGUCUCAAGGAAUAUUUUAGUAGUUUUGGUGAAGUGGUAGAGGCAGUGAUCAUGAAGGAUAGGACCACAGGCCGUGCCCGUGGUUUUGGUUUUGUUGUCUUCUCUGACCCGGCUGUUGCUGAGAGAGUCAUCAAGGAGAAACACAACAUUGAUGGCAGGAUGGUUGAGGCAAAGAAGGCAGUUCCUCGGGAUGACCAGAACAUUAUGGGUAGAAGCACUAGCAGCAUCCAUGCUUUGCCUGGUCCAGGCCGCACACGAAAGAUUUUUGUAGGAGGUUUAGCAUCUACAGUCACAGAGAGUGACUUUAAGAAGUAUUUUGAUCAGUUUGGGAACAUCACAGAUGUUGUGGUGAUGUAUGAUCACAACACGCAAAGGCCUAGGGGCUUUGGUUUCAUCACUUAUGAUUCAGAAGAGGCAGUGGACAGAGUGUUGCUAAAAAAUUUCCAUGAACUGAACGGUAAAAUGGUUGAGGUCAAACGAGCAGUUCCCAAAGAGUUAUCACCUGGUCCUAGUCGUAGCCCACUUGGUGGAUAUAACUAUGGUCUGAAUAGGGUCAACAGCUUUCUUAAUGGUUACACUCAGGGAUAUACUCCAAGCAGUGUUGGAGGCUAUGGACUUAGGAUGGAUGGUAGGUUCAGCCCUGUUGCUGGUGGUCGAAGCGGGUUUCCUCCUUUUGGUUCUGGUUAUGGAAUGGGCGUGAACUUUGAGCCAGGGUUGAACCCAAGUUUUGGAAAUACUGCAAAUUUUAGUAGUAAUAUCAGCUAUGGACGGGGGUUGGGCCCUUACUAUAUUGGUAAUACAAAUAGAUUCGGUAGUCCUAUUGGGUAUGAUGCAAGUAGUGGAGGUAAUUCUUCCUUUUUCAGCUCUGUGACCCGGAAUCUUUGGGGAACUGGGGGGCUUAAUUAUAACACAAAUGCUGCUAGUUCCAGUGCAUAUAUGGGAUCUGGAAGUGGGAGUAUCGGAGGAAGUGCCUUUGGAAGCAGUGGAAUUAGUUGGGGUUCUUCUGCAAUUUCCGGUCAAGGUGGAGGAAAUAAUGUUCCUAGCAAUAGUGUUAAUUUUGGCUAUGGAAGUGGUGAUAGCAGCUUUGGGUUGGGAACAGCAGGGUAUGGAAGAAACAGUGGGACAAAUGUGCCACCAACAUCAUCAUACACAACAUCAAAUGGUGGUUAUGAUGGAGCCUUUGCAGACCUUUAUGGUGGUGCUUCAGUUUAUGGUGACACCACGUGGCGAACAUCAACGUCUGAGCGAGAUGGUUCUGGUUCCUUUGGCUAUGGACUUGGUAGUGCCACUUCUGAUGUUUCUGGUAAAAGUUCUCCUGGUUAUGUUGGUGGUUAUAGCGUUAAUAAGAGACAAUCAAAUAGAGGUAAGACUUGUUACUAGCAUCCUAAAAUUUUUCUGUAAGAGAUUUUCAGCUUGAGGAAAUUUCCUGUUAACUUUAAAGAAUUAUUAUUGAUGUUCAUAGGAGGUUAGUUGCAAAAUCUUGUUUAGAUGUUGUAGAAGCAUAACUAAAUAGAACCUUAAAAACUUUUAUGUUAGGACUCUGCAAGCUAUCUUUCUUUGGGUCCAAGUCUUAAAUUUGGCAACACAUGCCUUGUAGUAGUAUGAUCUUUCAUUUCUUAACAGCUGCUUACUUUGCUUUCUAGUUAUAGAAGAACAAUGUCUGUCAAGAUCAAUAGACAUCUUUUGAACGUAAUGA